AUGGACAAUAAGAAUAAGGAUAAGAAGAAAAAUCUGAAAAGAACCCCGAAAUGGAAUCUCCAGAUUGCAACCCGGCCCCUAGCCAGCAGACUGCACCCUACACAAGAGCCAAAUGGAUUCACUGAUAUUAUUCUGCUGAAGGAUAAACAAGAAAAGGUGAAGGACGGAAACCAGGAUAUAAUUGUAAAAUACAAUCAAGAGUCAACGACAGAACAACAACAAAAUGCGCAGUACAAAUCUCGAAAAAACAAUCCAGAGAGAAAUUUGGAUAUUUCGGUUGCUGACAGAAAACCUGCAGUACAUGCUGUACAUGCUGUACAUGAAGCACAACAGGACAAUCGUCCUUACCUCCCCUAUACUCUACAAACCCCGUACAUGUACGACAAAAAAUCAAUAUUUAAUGUACAGCAAGAAAAUAUAAAAAAGGAAAAUUCAAGCGAUAACGUCGUGUCUGUACAGCCCUUUGAAGUACAGCAAGAUAAUAAGUUUGUACAGCGGCCUUAUCAAACUACUAGUGUACAGCUGGCCCCACAAACAAGACAGUACAGUACAUUUAAGCCUGAGGAGUUUCAUGAAAAUGGGAUUGCAGAUUUUCCUCCUUUCCGGUUCAUUGUACCAGACCGGUCUGCCAGGAGGGAAAUAGUCGAUACUGCCGGACAACUGAAGGAUGCUGUCGUCGAUUUUGUUGAUGUUCCAUUGAUCCGUGCUGUUGUGGAUUUGUACUUCGAUGGAACAAACACACGUGGCAGAAUUAGUCCAGACAGCCGACCAGCCAUUAGGUCCAGUAAUGAAGGAAUUCGAAGAUUUUUAACAACGCUUGCUGGAGGAAUACUAGGAAAACAGCAAUGUUGGGACAGAAUCAUUUGUAAGAUGGGUGAGCUGAUUGGUGGUGUUCAAGGAAAGCAUAUAUUUUUCUUGUUGUUGGAUAGAACUAUACCUGAGGAUUGGGCUGUAUCAAGAUCAGCUUUAAACCUCGCUAAGGAGGGAGCUCAAGAUAAAACAACUUGUAACAGGUUUUCCUGCAAUGACCAGAGAGAGGAAGAAGUGUAAAAAAAGAAAGUUUUUGUUAAAAUUUAUUUAUAUUUCAAGAAAAAAAUAAAUGCUUAUAUAGAAUA